AUGGAUUUAGAAGAUUUAGCAAAUGAGAUUAUACUUGAAAUUUUUGGAUAUUUUUCUACGUUUGAUCUUCUUCGAUCGUUCUACAAUCUGAAUAUUCGUUUUAAUCAUCUUGUUUUCGCAAAUUUUCAUACUUCUGGUGUUGAUUUUUCAAGAAUAUCUCUACAAGAUUUUCAUCUUGUUUGCCAAGAAUAUCUUCCAGCAAUAGCUGAUCACAUACCAUCAUUACGUCUUACUAAUGAUGAUGAUACACCACAACAAGCAGAUAUUUUUCUUCAACAUGGUUUAACACUUCGUCAACUUCAUCAAUUACGAAAACUUUCACUAUGUGAUAUUUGUUCUAAUGACAUCAUGAUUACAAUGAUGUCUGACUGGACAUCUCUUCGAUAUUUAACCCAUUUAACUCUAGCUGGUUGUUAUUUAACAUUUGAUCAGAGUACCAGUCAAAUUUUAAUCGAUACUAUUUGGAGUUUACCGAUUCUGAUCUAUUGUUAUUUAAAUAUCAGUUUUGAAGAAACGAGCAUUGCCAUACCAACAGUUAAAUCUAUAUCAUUGAAAUAUUUAUUUAUUUGGGGUUUUGCAUAUGACCAAAGUCAACUUAAUACUAUAUUUCAACAUACACCUUAUCUAGAGCAAUGUUCUAUUCUAUUCAAUAUGGAUAUUCCUGAUCAGUCUCUUGUUAUUUCACAACCCCUUUCAUCGAUGACUCGAUUACGAAUUCAUUCAUCUCAUAUAGAAGAUGAUUGCUUAGUCAAAUUCUUACAAAUCAUGCCGAAUUUAUAUCAAUUAAUUAUUGAUGUCGAUUCUCUUGAUUUACAUUCUACGAAUUCGAUUUUAAAUGGUUAUCAAUGGGAAACAAUCAUUCGUUUUUAUUUACCUCAUCUUCGAAUAUUUCGAUUAAGAAUAGAAUUUUCAUUUCCCGAUCAAAAUGAUUUAGAUAAACAAGUCGAUGAUCUACUUAAAACUUUUCGAAGUUCAUUUUGGCUUGAAGAACAUAAAUGGAUUGUUCGAUGUCAUUGGAAUCAAUGGAAUACAGCUUGUCUUUAUACAUUACCAUACAAAUUUGUAGAUUUAAAAUUUGAUUCGUCGAUGAAAUAUAAGUCUACAUGUCCGAAUGAUAAUCAUUAUUUGUCCUAUAAUCAUGUUGAGGAUCUUCAAUACAAGAUCCUUCCAAUUCAAUCACCAAUGGUCUCGUCUAUUCGUUUCAUGAAUGUAGAUCAUUUAUCAAUUGAAUUUCCAAUGGAUAUGCAUUCUUUGCCGAAUAUGCCUCGAUUAGAUCAAGUCACUUCAUUGGAAAUUUGUAUCAUUAAUAAUUAUCUUGCUCAAUCUAAACUUCAAACUCUGUUGAAUCAAAUGCAUUGCCUGUCUUCAUUUAGUUUCCAUCCAUGUUCAUUAUCUCUUCUGGGAUCGUCAUUCUUUAAACUAACACAUACGAAAAUUCGUCAGCUCGAUUUCAGAAUAUUUUUUCAAUACUUCGAUGAUGAACAAUGUACUAAUCUAUGUGAUUCACCAUUAGGCAAACAAUGUGAAGUUCUAUCGAUAAAAAUUAAAAAACGUCAAUCAUUACCAGAUCUUAUCAAUAACAUGAUCAAUCUUCGUACUUUAAAUAUUCAAUUUGAAGACGAUCAAUUUGAACAAGAAAACGAUGAUGAACUUGUCCAUUGGUUAAGAAAUCAUUUGCUAUCGACAUGUUUAAUCAGUAGAGAUACUGCACUCAAUAAAGAUAUUCGCAUAUGGAUUCGUUAG